GCCAAUACCAUAUGUGAGGCAGAAGAAGAGCGAAGAAAACACGGGAAACUCCAAUGUUUUGGAAAUAAUUUGAUUAGCGUGCAAGGAGAGUGCUGUAACCGCAGAGGAGCCGGCAGUGAUCAUAUAAAUACACUCCCCCGAACAGGAAGCACCGAGAUACCCGAGCUCACCCGUGCGCGCACCUAUGGCCAAUAGAAACAUGCGUAACACCACCAAAGUGGAAGCCCUGAUCGAGAGCUGCCGCAGCGAAGGCAAGUGGCAGCGGGUUAUCGAGCUGACUGACGAACUAAAGACCGGGUCGCCGCACAACGAGUGUCUGGCCAACUUCCUAGUGGGAGAGGCGCGGCUGGAGAACUACCUGGAGGACAACGCACUCGCUGCCGCCGACUCCAACUUCGGGCGUGCCAAGACUGGCUUGGCCGAGGCCCGGCGGUUCCUCCACUUGGCCCUGGGCGAGAGCGGGCAGAAGGCUGGCAUUGCCCUGGACGCCUACCUGCUGCUGGCCAAACUGUGUUUUGCCUGUGGCGAGUAUGAGCAGAGUCUCGACAACUUCGUCAAGGCCGAACUCAACACGCUUGCGGAGAAAGAGCUGACUCUUCGCAGUCUCAAGAUCCUGGCCGAGUCGUAUGCCAUUAAGGGACUGUGCCUAGAGCAGCAGACUUCAAAGCCGUCGUCCAAGUUCAAGAAGGCCGAAAAAGAAACAGAAAUGAUAACCUGCUUUGAGCGCGCCACCGAUCUGGGCCUACUGUACCUGCAGGAGUACGACAUCGUGAGUGGAAGCAGCAGCUCAUCCAACAACUCCACUGCUGGUUCCACGCUGAACGUAAACGCGUCAAGUGUGCAGCCUUCGAGCAGCAGCUUUGCCAUUAGCAGUACCAUCCCGGCGGGUGGGCCCACUGGCUUGGAAGUGAACCGCAGAAUGGGCGCCAUUCUUGAGACCGCCCUGCAGCGGGCGCCCAUAGUGCUUAUCAAGACGGAAAAGCUUCAGGAGGCGGUUGAGCGGUACCGAAUCAUGCUCAACGCGAUCGAGACGCGGGCCACUCAAUCGCUACGCCUCACGCUGGCCCGUCAACUAGCCGAGGUGCUUUUAAGGGGGGUGUCCGGCACGAUUUAUGCCCCUCCCUUUACCGGAAAGUCGGGCGGUGGAACCCUGCGUGGAGGAUCCUCCAAAAAGCUUUGGAAGCCAAGAAAAUACUCAGCCCGCCAGCAGUUCAACCCACGAAAUCAGCAGGAGGAAGUGAUACUGCUGCUACUCAUCGCCGAAGCUCUGGCAGUGAGAGAUACUGUCUUGUCACAGAGUCCUGAGUUUCGGCAGGCCCGUCAGCAUGCUAUGGGCAACGUGACAGCAGUGUACGAUCUUCUGACCCUAGCCACUGUGCGCUGGGGCCUUGUCCAGUUGUUGAACGAGUCCUUCGAGAAGGCGCUGAAAUUUAGCUUUGGUGAGCAACAUGUAUGGCGGCAGUAUGGUCUGAGCCUUAUGGCAGCCGAAAAACAUUCACAUGCUCUGAGAGUACUGCAAGAGUCAAUGAAGUUGACGCCUGGCGAUCCACUGCCUUGUCUCUUAGCAUCGCGUCUCUGCUACGAAAGUCUGGAGACGGUAAAACAGGGCCUAGACUACGCUCAGCAAGCGCUUAAGCGCGAAGUGAAGGGCCUGCGACCAUCGCGCAGUCAACUCUUUGUUGGCAUCGGGCACCAGCAGCUUGCUAUCCAGUCGAACCUAAAAAGCGAGCGGGAUGCGUGCCACAAGCUGGCUUUGGACGCGCUGGAGCGGGCUGUACAGAUGGACGGGAACGACCAUCUGGCAGAGUACUACUUAUCGUUGCAGUACGCGCUGCUCGGACAGCUGGCAGAGGCGUUGGCCCACAUCCGUUUCGCGCUAGCGUUGCGCAUGGAGCAUGCUCCCUGUCUGCACCUUUUUGCACUGCUGCUGACAGCUUCGCGGCGUCCUCGGGAAGCCCUUGGGGUGGUGGAAGAUGCUUUACACGAGUUUCCUGACAACCUACAGCUUUUACAUGUUAAGGCACACCUGCAGUUGCACCUGGAGGACGCGGAGACUGCGCUGGGCACUGUUCAACACAUGCUGGCCGUGUGGCGGGACGUCUACGAGGCCCAGCUAGCGGGGGAGGAGGAGAAACACUCGGAUACCAAGAGUGGUGUGCAUUUGCCACAUUCCUCACAGAUGUCCGACAAGGAUUCAAAUUCCGUGUAUGCGGCUUCCCUGGCUGCAGUAUCCCGUGUGGAACAGGCUUUGAGUGAAGCCGCCAGCUCACUUAGUUCGUUUACCCAGCGUCCUGGACCCCGACGACCCUGGAUGCUCCAGAUUGAGAUCUGGCUGUUGCUGGCUGAUGUCUAUCUGCGCAUCGAUCAGCCCAACGAGGCACUCAACUGCAUACACGAAGCUUCACAGAUAUACCCUCUUUCGCAUCAGAUCAUGUUUAUGCGCGGCCAGGUGCACGUAUAUUUGGAGCAAUGGUUUGACGCUAAGCAAUGUUUCCUAAAUGCUGUAGCCGCUAACCCCAAUCAUACGGAAGCUUUGCGCGCCCUGGGGGAGGCCCAUUUGAUAAUGGGCGAACCGCGGCUGGCUGAGAAGAUGCUUAAGGAUGCGGCUAAGCUGGAUCCAAGCUGUCCCAGGAUUUGGUUCGCUUUAGGCAAGGUAAUGGAGAUCUUGGGCGAUUUUCAUGUAUCCGCCGAUUGCUUUGCCACAUCGCUGCAACUAGAGCCGUCAUGCCCGGUGUUACCCUUUACUUCAAUACCGUUGGUCUUUGAAUAGGAACCAUUAGUGUCCCUCUUUUGAUUUGUGUGGAGUAGAUUUAACUUUAAAUAACCUCAAAGUGAACAGCAAUAUACUAUACAUAUAUAUACUACACAUACACAUAUACCUACCUAAACCUUCAGAAGUUAAAGUUCUAAUUAAUAACUUCUUUAUAACUAAAUGAUUGGAGUGUCGCCCAUGUCUCUUGGCUUUUUUUAAUGUUUUUUUUUAAACGACAUAAAAACUUAAGACUUUUCAAUUUUUUACCAUAUAUUUAUUUUUACAAAAGUAAAUUUAAAAAAAUAUUUGAGUUUUAAAAAAUGGCCAUCUUUUUGUUGUACAGUUCAAACUAACGCAAAAGUAAGGUAAAAGGUAGCCAAAAUUAAGCAGCAUUUUAAGUUAGAUGAAUGUAGUAUUUGUAUGAACUAAACCACUAGCCGUGGUCCGAUUUUAAUAAUUUUUGGCAUGUACAUAUGUAUUGAUAAUAGAAACAAAUAUGUUUACAAAAUAUUAAAAAAUGUGGGCGCUAGACGGGAUUUAGUGUUAUAGUCGUUUGCGGGGAUUAGAGUGGGCGUGGCACCCUGCUGAAACAAACUUGCGCUUAUAAUUUACGAGAUCUCAGCGUUCAUACGGACA